AAUUUAGAAUAAUUUAUGAGUAAAGGGGUUGAUUUUAAGUUUUUUUUAAGAUAAAAGGGAUUGUAGUUGUUACGUAUCAAAAUAUUUUUGAAGCAUAUGUUUGUGAAUAGUUAGUUAGAGCAAUUUGAAAAGUUUAAAAGGAACAAACCUGAAAAAAGUUGGCCCUUCAAGCAUUUGGCCUUUGCUUAUUAUUAACCUUUUAGCGGCAAUUUGCAGACAUUUUCCAUUUUUUAUUUCACAUUAUUUUCACUGCCUUCUUUAUAGUUUUUACCUUUUUUUUUCUUAAUUCGAAACUUCAAUAUCCAUUUCUUCAUAAAAUCCCCAAUUUUUUUUUUUAAAUCUCGAUUUAGGCUUUCCCCUCAUUUCUCCAGAAAACCUACCUCCUCCUUUGCUUUUUUAAUAUCUUCCAUGGCAAAGCUUACUUCUUUUUUCACCACUUCAAUCCCACUUCCACGAAAUUAAUUUUUUUUCCAUUUUUUCUUAAAAAAAUCAAUUACAUGGACCCGGAGAUUCUCGAAUUCGAUUUAGGCUUAGGCGGAGGAGGUAGCAGCGGUCGCGACGGCGACGAUGAUGCCAAUAUAGGGUUAGACGUUGAUGAGGACAUGGCUGAUAGUCCCGCUCCGUCUUCAAUUCUCGCUUCUAAUAGCAAUGGAGGUGGCUUCGGAACCGGCGGCGGUGAAAUUUACCUUCCAGAAGGUGACCUACUGGAUCUCGAGCCUUAUGAAGGUAUGGAGUUCGAGUCUGAAGAAGCCGCUAAGGCCUUCUACAAUUCGUAUGCUCGCCGUGUCGGUUUUAGUACGCGUGUGAGUUCUUCUCGCCGUUCCAGGCGCGACGGAGCGAUUAUUCAGAGACAGUUUGUUUGUGCUAAAGAAGGGUUUAGGAAUUUGAAUGAGAAGAGAACUAAGGAUAGGGAGAUUAAGCGUCCUCGUACUAUAACUAGAGUAGGGUGUAAGGCUUCUUUGUCUGUUAAAGUGCAAGAUUCUGGGAAAUGGGUUGUGUCUGGAUUUGUUCGAGAACAUAAUCAUGAGCUUGUUCCACCUGAUCAAGUUCAUUGUCUUAGGUCUCAUAGGCAAAUAUCUGGGCCUGCCAAGACUUUGAUUGAUACAUUGCAAGCUGCUGGGAUGGGACCUCGUAGGAUUAUGUCUGCUUUAAUAAAAGAAUAUGGUGGAAUUAGUAAGGUUGGGUUUACAGAAGUGGAUUGUAGGAACUAUAUGAGGAAUAAUCGGCAGAGGAGCUUGGAAGGAGAUAUUCAAUUACUCUUGGACUAUUUGAGGCAAAUGCAAGCUGAGAACUCGAAUUUCUUUUUCGCCGUUCAGGGUGACGAGGAUCAAGCUUUGACGAGUAAUGUAUUUUGGGCUGACCCCAAGUCUAGGAUGAAUUAUACUUACUUUGGGGAUACUGUUACCUUUGAUACUACCUAUAGGUCGAACAGGUAUAGAUUACCUUUUGCACCUUUCACUGGGGUAAACCACCAUGGACAGCCAGUUUUGUUUGGAUGUGCUUUCUUAAUAAAUGAAUCGGAAGCAUCGUUUGUUUGGCUGUUCAAGACUUGGCUUAUGGCAAUGUCUGGUCGCCCUCCGGUGUCUAUCACCACUGAUCAUGAUGCUGUUAUUCGAUCAGCCAUUAUGCAGGUUUUCCCUGAGACUCGGCACCGUUUCUGCAAAUGGCACAUCUUCAAGAAAUGCCAAGAGAAGUUGUCCCAAGUGUUCCUUAAGCAUCCGACAUUUGAGGCGGAUUUCCAUAAGUGUGUUAACUUGCCUGAGUCAAUUGAGGAGUUUGAGUCUUGUUGGCUGUCUCUUGUAGAUCGAUACGAACUCAGGGAUCAUGAAUGGCUUCAGAUGAUGUACAAUGAUCGCAGGCACUGGAUCCCUGUAUAUCUGCGGGACACUUUUUUUGCUGAGAUGUCUAUAACUCAACGAAGUGAUAGCAUGAACUCAUACUUUGAUGGCUUUGUGAAUGCUUCAACCAAUCUAAAUCAGUUCUUUAAGCUCUAUGAGAAAGCUCUGGAGAGUCGAAAUGAGAAAGAAGUGAAAGCUGAUUAUGAUACAAUGAACACUUCCCCUGCUCUGAAGACCCCAUCUCCAAUGGAGAAACAGGCGUCAGAGCUUUAUACCAGAAAACUGUUUACAAGAUUUCAGGAGGAGUUAGUUGGGACUCUGACAUUCAUGGCAUCAAAAUCAGACGAUGAUGAUGAUGUUAUAACAUAUCAGGUGGCAAAGUUCGGAGAGGAUCAUAAAUCCUACUAUGUUAAGUUCAAUGUUUUAGAAAUGAAGGCCGCUUGUAGCUGCCAGAUGUUUGAGUUUUCUGGUCUUCUCUGUAGACAUGUAUUGGCAGUUUUCAGAGUAACCAAUGUCCUUACACUCCCAUCUCAUUAUAUUUUGAAACGAUGGACGAAAAAUGCAAGGAGUAGUGUUAUAUUAGAAGAACGUUCUAGCGAUGUAUAUACUAAUUAUCUUGAAUCUCAUACAGUCCGGUAUAAUACCCUACGCCAUGAGACCUUCAAACUUGUUGAUGAAGGAUCAAAGUCUUUAGACACUUGCAAUGUGGCAAUAGAUGCUCUCCAACAGGCUGCCAAAAGACUUGCACUUGCAACAAAGAACGAGGGCAGGGCUACACUGGUUAACGGGCGGAUCAGGGGGGACUCUGCACGUGAUGCUAGUCGGGCAAAUACCACUAAUCACAAAAUGCUCUGUCAACCAUUAUCUGAGGAUGACAUGGACAAGAAGAUCCGAGAACUUACGAAUGAGCUGGACUAUGCAAGUCGAAAAUGUGAAGUUUACAGGUCAAAUCUGCUUUCUGUUUUAAAAGACAUUGAAGAUCAUAAGCUGCAGCUGUCAAUUAAAGUGCAAAAUAUAAAGAUCAGCAUGAAGGAUGGCCUGUGAUGCCGCUAGACAUUUCUCCUAUAUAUUUUCGAUUUUAAUCUCAUCUGAUUUUGUAUUUCAAGUCUUUGUCUUCAAUCCGACCCUAGACUUUUCUUCACCUUUGAAAUCCGACCCUAGACUUUUCUUCACCUUUGAAUGCUGAUAGAACAAUUAGGAAAGGCCUCAGUCUGGUGGCCAUGUAUAGUAUAAUUGAUGUGGUUUAGCCAUUUAGGUGCACAGUUUGUCAAUUUGAGUUGUCUUUCUGUAGAACCGUGUUGAGAGUUGGUGACCCUGUGUCAAUAAUAGUCUUUAAGAUUUCUGGUAA